GAUCACGAUGAGGAGACCAGUGUUUUAGAUGCAGUGCGAAGUUUGAACGAGGUAAAAGGCGUAAAGCAAUUGGGGCGGUAUUUCAAACAAGUGAGCCAAUCCGCUCGUAAAGGUCAGAGUGGUGAUUUGGACGACUUUCUCGGUUGCAUUACGGUCGCUGUUAAAGACAUUCCGAUAACCGGUACGGAGAGUUGGUUCAAACUGGCUGGUCGUUCCUCACGAUCCAAAGUGCAAGGCAGUAUCCAUUUGAUGUUCAAGGUCACCACAGUGAACGAAGAAGACGAAUUGAGGGGACCGAAGAUGGCAGACAUACGGGCACACAUCCAGUUGAUCUAUGCGUUCAUCAAUUAUGAGUUGAAACAGUCAAAAAAACCCAGCACCGAAUGGUCAGGCGUCUUUCCUCCGGAGGCGGAGUUCUUACUGUCUCAACAUGCAGAACAUGCGGGACUCAGUGAAGUACACACCGCAAUGUGUCGCUGGAUCAGUUUGGCUAAGAAGUAUCGCAGACGUCCAAUACCAUGUCGUAUUCUGAACGAACAACUCAAAAAUCUAAUGGCUGUUUGGACAGACAGAAGUCUUACACAUGAUCAGAUGGAACUCUUGGGUAACUCAUUCAAGGGAUUCACCGAGCAUGCAAUUCUGCUGAUCAGUCAGUGUCAAGUGGUAUUUUCACCGGAUCAUUUGGAAAGUUUGCAACAUCUCGAAUCUCUGCUCAGGUGCUUACAAGAAUUGCAUCAGUCCAGAUUGUUCCAGUUCUGUUCUCCAUUCGGAAAUACUCUGCAGUCCGAGCUGACCAACGCCUUUAAGGUAGUCCCUGGUGUCCUGUGUAACAAACGAGCCACCAACAAUUACAAACUGAUGAAACCCACGGAGUCUGAUUUGGACGAGUUUGAACUUCACCGAGAUCUUUUGGACAAUUCAAAACUAACUCAUCUCUCGACCACAGCGUGUCCGAUCACCGAAGUUGUCGGGCCUCGUUUGGAUGCCGAGGGAAAUCAAAUACCAUACAAUACACAAGAAAUGCGUGAACUAUUCUUACUCUACCGAGGUCUGCAAGAAUUCGAACAGCGUGUUGCGAGUUGCCUGAAUACGGAUGAGUACCUCGCUCAAACCAGGACUUUUCUUGGCCGAAUAGGCAAGCCUAAAGAUCUGAGUAGCAAAAAUACAGCCGAGUCACCAACGGAACCGAUCAUAUCCGAAUCAGCCAAAGAAACUGUCCGUGUGUUGAACAAUGCGUUGUUGAUUUGGAAAAUGUGUAACUGGCCGGAUCCAGCAACUCGUGGUAUGUAUGCGUCCGUGGUUGUUCAGGCUGUAUGCGAAGCAGCUCUGUUCUACGCAAAAAUGUUGCAUGAACAGUUACGUCUUCAGGGCUAUUGCGAUGAACAGGGACAAUUUGAUAUAUCUGAUCAGUUAUGUGUGGGUCUGAACAAUCUGGAGUCGGUCAUACAGUGCGUGAAUCGUAUCCCUGAUGUGCUCAAAUGGACCAGACCCAAAUUAUCUGUGGAAGACUUACCACCGGCUGCUGCAUCCGAUCUAUCCGAGACUGACCCGGUGGUAAAGGAGACGAAAGAAGCGAAAGGAGAAGCGACUGGAGAGCCAAAUUUGGAACACUUGGAGCGCAUUCUCCACGAGGGUGUAGCAAAUCUGGACAGUGUACUGGAUCGUUUAUUCUCCCGUGUUAGAGCAAAGGCCAUCUACGAUCUGUUGAUCUAUUUGGAAUCCAACUUCAAAACAUUGCGUAGCCGAGUCUCGGACAGUCUGUUUCGACGUUUCCUGUUCGAAUUGUGGUCCGAAUGUCUGAGCCAGUUUGUUGAACAGGCGCACAAAGAGGCCGAGAUCGGGCCGAAUGCCAGUGGUCCCGGAGCAUAUCUGAUGCCCACGCUGGACAACACAUCCACGCCGGGUCGAUGUAUCAUUCCGUUGACCACGCAUUUCACCAAUGAUGAUCAUAUGGCCGCUCUGCCCGAGCAUAUUACACGCGAGUCCAUUUUGCGUGCUCGAUCGAUUCUGAUAAAGUUGAAACAGGCACUGGAAUUGCUGCUCCAAUUUUUUCUCAAAAUGAGCCAGGGCCAAUUGCAGCGUUCUGAUUUGGACGAGCAAAAUUUCAAGGUGAGUGACACCAAUUAA